AUGGCAGGUCGUAGUGGAUUUGACGAUGGUAAUCCCAGGGACUUUGGAGGCGGUAGGAGAACUCUUGGCGGGCGUCCGCUCCCUAGCGAGCCUCCAUACAAGGCCUAUGUUGGAAAUUUACCCUCCGGCAUCAUUCAGGGUGAUAUUAAUAGAAUCUUUCCUGAUUUGGCCAUUAAAAAUGUCAGACUGGUUAUGGAUAAAGAAACAGACAAAUUUAAAGGAUUUUGCUAUGUAGAGUUUGAAUACUUAGACGAUUUAGUAAAAGCCAUUGAAAUGAAUGGUGUGCUAAAUGUAGACGGUAAUUUUGUAAAAAUUGAUGUAGCUGAAGAAAAAAGAAGUGACAGGGGUGGUGGCUUCGACCGUGGGCGACGCGACGGCCGCGAUGGCGCCCGCGACGGCGGCCGCGGGGGCGGUUUCAGACGGGAGGGGGGCGGCGGCGGCGGCGGGGGAGGGGGUCGCGGUAUGUACGAGCACUUCGACGGGCUCGAACGCAGGGGCCCCAGGCACCAGGGUGGAGGGCUCAUCAAUGAGCGCGAGCGUGGCGGCUCGUCGGGGGGCGGCGGGCCGGGGGGCGCGGGCGCCGGGGGUGAGCGGUGGGCGGAGCGCGGUCGCGGCGGGGAGGAGGUGCGCGGCGGCGAGUGGGGGCGCAUGGGCCGUGGGGGGGGCGCAGCGCCGCCGCCCGCCAAGCCGCGGCGCACCUUCGACGACAUGCCGCCCGCCAGGCCCGACACCUCGGGCAGGCCAAAGAUUGUAUUGGCGCCGAGAACAGUUAAGGAGCCAGUGAACUCCCUUGCGUCAACGAGCCAGGCCUCUUCGAUAUUCGGGGGCGCACGGCCGAGAGAAGAGCGGCUUAAAGAGCUAGCGGGGGAG